GUUAUCUGAUCCCUUCUAAGGUCAAAGGACAUGGGGAAAGAUUAGAAGUCGCUAGGUACGAUCGCUUCUAAGAUUCUUCUAUUUUCCACGCGAAAGGACUAGAAAAACGCUGAAAUUUUUGACAAUGUUCAAUCCAGGCAUGCGUCGUAACCAGUAACUGUUUGGACUCAGUCGUAUAUGAGGAUCAACUGGAAAAAGGUGUGAAGGGGGAUUCCAGGGAGGCAACGAGUAGCUGAAGAAUCGCCAUCGUUACUCAGCCAAGCACACGGCUUCGGCCUGCAGCAGUCUCCACAAGAAGCUGGAGGAGGGUUUUUGAGGAGGUCUGAAAACCAGCACUCGAAAAUUCGAAGCCACCAUGCUCGCACCAGGUUUUAGAGCUUCUUCCAGAAUAUUUACAUGGUUCCUUAUGGCAUCACUGUUAGGCAUAAUUAGCCUCAUAGUACUAGUAGUAUGGGUCAUCGGUUACCAUGGCAACCCCUAUUCAGAGACCGCAAAUCAGAAAUAUUCAUCUGAAGUCGUUAAAAAGCCGAUUAACCCACAUCCCUAUAGGUUCACCAUGGCUCACGAGGACAAGUGCGAACGCGACGGAAAUGACGUUUUCCUCGUCAUCAUUGUGCACACGGCACACGACCACGUGACUCAACGUCAAGCAAUCAGAGCCACCUGGGCGAACGAGUCAAACACCCCUGGGGUCGAGAUCAAGACACUAUUUGCCCUGGGAACGACAGAUCAGCAAGAUCUCCAACGGGAAGUAGAGAAAGAAGACGCCAUAUUCGGGGACAUCAUUCAAGAAAAUUUCCUAGAUUCGUACAAGAAUCUGACACUUAAGGCGGUGAUGACUUUGAAAUGGUUCCUGGAUUUCUGUCCGAACGCGGCGUACCUCAUGAAAAUUGACGACGAUACAUACGUGAACCUUGACAACCUGAUUGCUACGCUGCUGGGGAUGGAACAAAAAUCUCAACUUGUACUUGGCAAUAUUCACACAAAAGACAAACCAAUACGUAAAGUCGAAAACAAAUGGUAUCUGUCAAGGUAUUCGUUCUUGAGAGAGUCGCUCCCAUCGUUCGCUUCCGGAGGAUCUGGUUACGUCAUUUCCGGUGACAUCGUGCGGAGUUUAUACGAAACAUCACUUCGCACCAAAUACAUAUAUCUUGAAGACGUGUUUAUCGGUAUGUGCCUGGAAACGUUGGGCAUCACGCCCGUACACAACGGAGGCUUCCUCUGUUGCCAGAGGGUGGACAUAGAUGACCGGUACCCCUGCGCAUAUCAACACCAUAUUACUGUACACGGUCUUUCAGCAUUGGGCAUGUCCGUCCUUUCAAGGGCUGAGAGGGAAUGUGUGCUGUGACCCGCAAGAUGGCAACGUUUUAUUCCAUAACAACAAAAAACCGAAAUACUUAUUGUACAUUGUCUACUUUUAGAAUUCAACUUUUUUUGCAACACAAAAUGUAAGCCAUAGAAUUGUCGGCGUAACCCAUCAUCAGCAUUCGUAAAGUAGACGUCUAGUAACAAGACAAGAUCUUUUCUUGGUAUCAUACAUGAACAUGUCAUAAACUCAGUUUUCACUUUUUUACCACAGUGACAACAUUGCAGUACAACUUGAGGCAGCUAAAAGUUAGUCUUGAAUGUUUUCAAGAUUAAAGAAAUUCUAAAGCAUCACUUACCAACGAAAAGAAGGUUCGACAUCAGUGCCACCACGUGUUUUGUUUGUGUAUUUUAUGUCAAGUUGUUUGCUUGAUGUGUGUGUGUGUGUGUGUGUGUGUGUGUCUAAAAAUGUGCGGUAUUACUAAUGGAGAUCUUACUCAGCCAAACCAAGGAGGUUAUAACCUCCUUGGCCAAACCAAGGACAAUAUAUAGCCCAGCCCUUGCAAUAAGACCCGUAGGUAGUGUUCUACCCCAAACGCCCACUCCAGUUCUGUGGGACAGUGUGUUGUCAUGUAAAAAGUUACAUCGCCGUUUAAAAAAAAAAAGAAAAAAACGAGGCCUUUGCCUUGUGCAUGGAAGGAAAAUGAAAGUGUCGAAAGCUACGUCACAACAAGCACAGAAUGUGUUCACCAUGCGAUUGAAAUCAGAACUACAAUGAGAGAAUUUAACCGGAAGUUUGCGGCUUUUCAGACCAACAAGGCAGGAGGAACCUUGGAAUAUGUGAUUGAAAAUAUGUUGUUGCAUAGAGACCCAUCACAUUUGAGGUCAUUUACGGCUACAACAAGGUAAGUACUGAUCAUGCAUGAGUAUAAGUCCCCCCCCCCCCCAAAAAAAAAAAUCAAUGAUGAAAACAAAUU